GCCGCCGCAGUGUGCUCCAGGCCGCCAGAGAGUCAGGCAGCCACCAAAAUGGCGGAUACGAAGAUGAGCCCCGAUAUAUGGAAAUCGUGGGACAGACAAGGAAAAGUGGAAUUCAUGUCCAAAUGUACAGAAGCCUUAAAGUCAUGUGAUGGAAGUCCUGUAUUUCAGUCAGGAAAAAAGACUUCAGAUUUGACCCGAUGGAUAUUUCAAUUACUGAGAGCUGCCCUCAAUGGGCAGGUGAAGAAGGAAUCUACUAUUGCUUUCCUAGAAGAGUUUUCAAAAUUGCACUCCGACUUACCAGCACUGAUUUUAGACAUAUUCUGUAUUCUUGAUGCCGAAACUGGAGGUGUUGAACUUUCAGAAGAGCGAAUGUGUUUCAAUUUUCUUUUGAAGGAGUCAGAAAAGUUUCUGUCAGACAGUCUCAUGAAAGAAAGAGCAGAAAUUGAUACACUUCAAGAAGUUGGAAUUUUAAGAAACCGAAACUUUUAUACCAAGUUUAUAAAAGUGAAAACAAAGCUAUACUACAAACAAAGAAAAUUCAACUUAUUUCGGGAAGAAAGUGAAGGAUAUGCCAAGUUAAUUGUUGAACUUAAUCAAGGUCUCUCUGGUGACCCUGUGGUAACAUUGGAAGCCAUUAAGUCAUUGAUUGGUUGCUUCAAUUUGGAUCCUAAUCGAGUGUUGGAUGUGAUGUUAGAGUCUUUUGAAUGCCACCCCCAUGAACAUGAAUACUUUGUGCCUCUUGUACGGUCUUACAUGCAUGACUCAAAAAUCUUGUGUGAUGUUCUGGGAUUCAAGUAUUCCUUAUAUCAGGGUCCAGGAGCUGAGAGAACUCCGAAGUCACUAUUCCUCCUCACAGCUAUUAUGCUUCAGUAUGAACUGAUCACUCUUGAAGAUCUGCUAGUUUGGUUGGUUCCAGAUGAUGCUUCAAUUGUGAAGGAAUGGGAAGCAGAAAUGUUAGAUGCUAGAGACCAAAUCAGAAAGAUGAAUGUGGUGUCUGUAAAUAAGGAUGAGAAGAAAGAGGAAGUGCCUGAAGAAAAAGAAUCUCCUUUGGAGAAGUUUGCGGCAAAUCAAAAGUUUGGAUUGUGUGAAGCUCUUCUCAAUAUUGGCGCAUGGCCUGUUGUGAAAGACUUGUGUAAGAGGUUGCCUGAUCAUUUCUUGAUAGAACAACCCACUAUUUCAAAAGCCAUGUGUAACAUUUUACAUGUAAUAGUAGACCCUCUGUACAAGAAAGAAUGUUCACUUGGUCCCAAGAUAAAAGGUCGCCCAAUAUCUGUUCCUCAAAUCAUUUUGGCGAUACCUCAAGUUAAUACUUUUGAAGAAUUGAAAACCAACGCCAUACCCAUGUUCCAACUACUUGGCCCGUACAUUUAUGCUGACCCGAUUUUGUUAUCUAAACUUAUCCGCAUUUGUAAAAGUUCCCUAUCACAGCUUGGUUUGGAUGGCAAGUUAUCCCCCCCUUCCAAUGCUUCCAUGUACUAUGAAGUCAUGACACUGUUGGACGAAUCAAUUCUUCCUGCACUCUCAUUCCUGGAUGGAAAUUGCUGUAUUGCUGAAGAUGUUUGGAAUGUGUUAAAGCUAUAUCCCUAUGCUCAUAGGUACAGUAUGUAUGGACGCUGGAAAAAUGAGUCUUACCUUCACCAUGCAAAGCUUAUGAUACGGCAUGCCGAAGCCCACAAAAAGGUCAAAUCAAUUAUGAAAAGAGUCAGCAAAGAAAACAUCAAACAGAUAGGAAGAUUAAUUGGCAAAAUGACUCACAGUGCACCUGGAUUCAUAUUUGACUAUAUGCUUCUACAAAUUCAGCUGUAUGACAACUUAAUUGGACCUGUGGUUGAUUCCCUUAAGUACUUGACAUCUCUAUCAUAUGAUAUGUUAGCGUAUUGCUUGGUUGAGUGUCUUACCCAGGCUGAUAAGUUAAGAGAUCGUGUUAAGCAUGAUGGCACUUCUAUAUCACAGUGGCUGCAAAGUCUUUCAUCAUUUUGUGGAGCCAUAUUUAAGAAGUACAACAUUGAGUUGUCAGGCCUUUUACAGUAUGUUGCAAAUCAGCUCAAAGCCCAAAGAAGUUUGGAUCUUCUUAUCUUGAAUGAAAUAGUCCAUAAGAUGGGAGGUAUUGAAGCUGUUGAAGACAUGACAACAGAGCAGUUGGAUGCCAUGGCUGGAGGGGAAAUCCUGAAAGGAGAGGCUGCGUACUUCAACCAAGUGCGCAAUACUAAAAAGUCAUCUACUCGUCUUAGGGAAGCACUAGCUGAUCAAAAUCUUGCUGUUGCACUCUGUUUAUUGAUGGCUCAGCAGCGUUACUGUGUUGUGUACCAUGAAACUGAGAGCUCUCACCUCAAACUUGUCGGUAGACUUUAUGACCAAGCCCAAGAUACCUUAGUUCAAUUUGGCACGUUUUUGUCCCAAACAAUGACUGUUGAGGAAUAUGUCAACCGUCUUCCUCCAAUUGAUAGCUUACUAUUAGUCUAUCAUAUUCAUACUGAUGUAGCAUUCUUCUUGGCAAGGCCCAUGUUUAAUCAUGCUAUUGCUCUAAAAUAUGAUGUCCUGCGGAAGGCUGAAUAUGAUCAGUUGAGAAAGGCAGACCCCAACUUGAAGAAACUAACUAAUGCUCAAAAACAACAAAAAUAUGUGGAGGCUGCUUCUGAAGUCAUGGGGCCUAUAGUAGAAUCUGUGAAACCGCUCCAUCCUAUGAAGUUAUGGGAAGAUGUAUCUCCACAAUUCCUAGUUACUUUUUGGUCUCUUACUAUGUAUGAUUUGUAUGUACCUGCUGAGGCAUAUCAGAAGGAAAUUGCGAAAUUAAAGCAAGAAGCUGCUAAGGCUGUAGCAGAUAUGCCAUCUAGCAAAAGCAAGAAAGAACAGGAGAGGUAUCUUGCACUUGCAGAUAAAUUACAAGAUGAAAAGAAAAAGCAACAGGAGCAUGUUGAUAGGGUACAUGCCCGCUUAAGACAUGAAAAAGAAAGUUGGUUCCUUUCACGGUCUGCGAAGGCUGCUAAAAACGAGACCAUAACUCAAUUUCUUCAACUUUGCCUGUUUCCACGCUGUAUAUUUACUAUGGCUGAUGCAAUGUACUGUGCCAAGUUUGUGCAUACAAUCCAUAGUCUGAAAACUGCCAACUUUUCCACAUUGUUGUGCUAUGACAGGCUUUUCUGUGAUAUCACUUAUUCUGUUACCUCUUGCACUGAAAAUGAAGCCAAUCGCUAUGGGAGAUUCCUCAAUUCUAUGUUGGAAACUGUGAUGAGAUGGCACUCUGAUAAGGCAAUAUUUGAAAAGGAAUGUGCUAAUUAUCCUGGCUUUGUUACCAAGUACAGAGUUAGUAACCAAUUUUCUGAAGCCUGCAAUCUUGUAGGUUAUGAAAACUACCGACAUGUUUGUCAUAAAUGGCACUACAAGAUAACAAAAGCCAUGGUAGUAUGUCUAGACUCCAAGGAUUAUGUUCAAAUACGUAACUCUCUCAUCAUUUUGAGGAACAUCUUGCCACACUUCCCAGUGUUAAUAAAAUUAGGCCACAUCAUCCAAAAGAAACUGGAAAAGAUUUGUGAGGAAGAAAAGAAUCAAAGACAAGAUUUGUAUGCUCUGGCUAUGAGCUACAUAGGUAUGAUUAAAUCUAAAACUGCCACCAUGAUUCCUGAGUCAAGCUUCCAUCAAGUGGGAGACAAGCAAGCUCGCCAAGAAGCUGCAGCAGCUGCGGCGGCCGCAGCGGCAGCGGCUGCCAAACCACCUGGGGCAGCAGCUCCAUCUGCUUCAGAACCACAAAAGUCCAUCAAUGGAGAGAAUAAGGGAAGUGCCCCUAAGGAAACCCGUGAGCGGGAACGUGAGAAAGAUAGUGAGCCCAAAGAGAAAGUACCUAGGAAAGAAAAGAAGGAACGGGACGACAGGGAGGAGAAAUGGGACGAAGAUUGGAGAGAAAAGAGAAAAGAAAAGGAAGACCGUCUUUCCAGGGAUGACCGUUUCAUGGAAAAUGAGGACAGACAAGAUCGAGACAGGGAUAGAGGCCGUGAUAGAGAUCGUGACAGGGAACGCGAGAAGGAAAGGGAAAAGGAUUCCCAUAUUCAUUCAAUAGAUGAUAGAGAACUAAGCUCUGUCAGUAAUAGUUCAGCAGGCUCUGGUCAUAGACGAAGCCAGGAGCCCAUAGACCCUGAUAGAGAUGUUAAAAGACGGAAGACCGAGGCCAGCUCUUCCUCGAAGAGCUCUAAACAUGAUGAUCGGAAAACAGCACAGCAACAUAUUACAGCUGCUCAGUUAGAUAUUUUAGAUGAAGUGACUGGUGCUAUAGGAAAAGAAAGAAGGGAGCGUGGUUCCCGCAGUAAGAAGAUUGCUCCUGAUUCUGAUGAGAAAGAAUUGCGCAAAGAAAGGAAGGUUGGAAGAAAACGGGGAGAAAGAGCUGUUGAUGAUCCGACUAUAGAGCUCAAACGAAGAAAGGAUGAAGCAUCAAAGAUUGCCCACCAAAAUGGUGAUCAAGUUGACACUCAUCGAGACAAACACCGUUAUUCAAGGGAAAAAUCCCCUUAUGGAAGUGCUAGGGAGAGACCACAUGAUCACCUUGAACACUCAGAGACAAGAGAAAAACACCGUAGGAAUCUGGACUCAAAAAGAAGAUAAUGGUCAGCAGAUUUGACAGACAAUUAAGACUUCUCUGAAGAUUCAGCUUCACUAACUUAAUUGGAAACUAAAUAACAGUUUGUAAUCUGUUUUAGACCCUUAUGUUUGCUGAUCUCAGACAUGUUAACUUUAUUACUAUUAUUUUUGUCUUUUUUUACAUGUUUUAAGACUUGGCAUUGAGACCUUUUAUUGAUCUUCUCUGCUGAAUUGUGUUGAAUUGAAAUCUGUUCAUGAAUGAUUUUAGUUGUUUAAUUUCUACCAGUGUUUAAGAUGUAGCACUUUGUUUUUUGUGUUGUAAUGAGUAUUAAGUUAAGAUGUACAGUCGACUUGAAAUGAAGGGCACGGACUUGAAUUUGAAAGCUGUGCUUGUAAAUGGAAACGGAAGGAAAACAAUCAGUGUAAAAUGAAAAGUGUUUAAAACUCUAGGAAAUAAAUAAUAUGAUUUUUUAAGCUAUAA